AUGGCCACCUCCCCACCUCUCCCACCACACCUCCUCCCCGACCGCCAAAUCUACGUCAUAAUCAGCACCGCCUCCGGCGCCCGGUCCGCCUCCUCCUACUACGCCUCCACCCUUGAACCCCUCCUAUCCACCCACUCCAUCACCCACAUAGUCCACACCACCACCUCCGCCACAUCCAUCAUCGACCUCAUCACCGCCAAGAUCCUCCCCGCCUGCACCAAAGGCGCCAAGCAGACCAUUCUCUUGCUCUCCGGCGAUGGCGGGCCCGCGACUUUGUCAACACAUACGUACGAUAACCGCGUGGGCUCGAUCUUCGUGAGGCCAGUGUUGGUGCUGUUUCCCUUGGGCACGGCGAAUGCAUUGGCGUGGAGCUCGGGACUGGCGGCGGAUCCGGUGAAGGUUAUGCUGGAGGGGAGGGCGAGGCCGUUGCCGCAGUUCGAGGCGAGGUUUAGUCCGGGAAGUCGGUUGGUUGUGGAUGAGGGGAGGAAGAGGGAAAAGUUGGGGUUGAACUAUGAUGAUGAUGCGGCGGUGGUGUAUGGCGCUGUGGUGUUCUCGUGGGGAUUGCAUGCUAGUCUGGUAAGCAUGUCUGACACGACGGAGUAUCGGAAGCAUGGGGUUGAGCGCUUCAAAAUGGCGGCGGGGAAGCUGCUUGAGGAGGCGCAUCAGUAUAAGGCGCGGGUGAAGGUGCGGAGGCAGCGGGGCGGAGAAUGGGAGGAGCUGGUUUAUCCUUCACCUUCACCCUCGGACACGACGACUGCGGAGUCUGCCGAGUCAACACAACCGCUGCCUGCGGACACACAUGCCUACAUCCUCACAUCCCUCGUCUCAAACUUAGAGCAGACCUUCAAAAUCUCACCCUCAAGCACACCACUCUCAAGCAGCCUCCGCCUAGUCGCCAUCCGUCCGCCCACUCCACAAUCCACCACCGCGGCAGAAAUCACGCGCAUCCUAACGCUCGCGUACCAGGACGGUGCGCAUGUGAAAGAUCCAAGCGUGCUGUAUGAAGAGAUCGACGGCUUACGAAUCGAGUUCCUGGAACAGGAGGGAAUAUACAGGGAGGUAUGCGUCGAUGGGAAGAUCAUCGAGGUCGCGGGAGACGGGAAGGAGGGCAGUGGGUGGGCGGAAGUGAAUAUGCUGCCGGGAAUGGGGAUGGACGGGAGGCGGGUCGUUGAGGUCGUCGUGCCCAUUUAA